AUGCUCUUCACAAAGGCCUUUCUCGCUUCUUUGGCCAUGGCUUCUUCUGCCUAUGGUCAAUCAACCGUCUCUUCAGCUUCUUCAGCUUCUUCUGCCUCUAAAACUUCUACUGCCUCGGCUGCUGCCUCUUCUAGUGCUUUGGCUGUCUGCUCUUCAACCUUGACCGCUUCAUCCCAGGCUGACCUCGACACCAUUUCCUCAUGCUCUACCUUUAAGGGAGAUAUUAUCCUCGCCUCUCCCAUCACUGCUGCCGCUAUUAACGGUGUCCAGGCCAUUACUGGCUCUCUUUCAGUCGUCAAUAUUACUACAUUGACCUCCCUCUCAGCUCCUCAACUCGGCAAUGUCUCUGAUACUGUCGACCUUCGCAUCUUGGAAGCCCUCACCGAGGUUAACUUCCCUAGUCUUACCCAGGCUUCCACCCUUAACCUGGUGACUAUGAAUAAGAUUAGCACUAUUAACUUUGCCGCUGGCGUUUCCUCUCUUGACACUCUUGUUGUGUCUGACACUUCCCUUACCUCCAUUUCUGGUGUCAACCCUACCAAGUUGACCACCCUCAACAUUAACAAUAACAAGUACCUUACAGCCUUGAACUUUUCUCUUACUUAUGUCUACGAGCUUGACAUUUCCUCCACCGCCAACUCGGUCUCUAUUAACCUCCCCAAGCUCACUUCGGCCCACAAUGCCACUUUCCGUGAUGCCUCCUCCAUCAACAUUGCCAAUGUUUCCCUUGUUAACUCUACUCUUUCCUUUGUCAACACUACCGUUAAGAACAUUCAGCUCCCCAAGCUUACUGAUAUUGAAGGUUCUUUGGCCAUUGUCUCUAACUCUCAACUCACCAACAUUUCUUUCCCUCUUUUGACUGUUAUUGGUGGUGGUUUCCAAAUUGCCAACAACUCUAAGCUUGCUUCCUUCUCUGGUUUCCCCCUUCUUGAGACUGUUGGUGGUGCCAUUGACUUUGUUGGUGACUUUGACAAUGCUACUCUUCCUGAACUUAGUACUGUUCGUGGUGGUGUCACUGUUGACUCUUCCUCUGAGGACUUUAACUGCUCUUCUUGGAAUGCUCUUCAGUCUGCCAAUGGUAUCCGUGGUGACUCUUAUGUCUGCAAGGCUGCUACUGUCUCUACUUCUGUUGCCAUUGCUUCCACUGCCACUGCCUCUUCCAACUCUAAGACUUCUUCUGCUGCUUCUGCUACUGCCACUGGUGAAUCUUCUUCCUCUUCUUCUUCCAAGAAUGGUGCUGUUGGCUCUUAUGGUCUUGAGUCUUCUUUGUUUGGCGCCAUUGCUCUCUUUGUUCUUCAGUUUAUUUAA